UAGCCGGGCGGCCUCGGCCGAGGGGAGCUCAGAGUGAGUGCCGGGGCCCCUCCGCCAUGCGCCUCCUUCUCCUCCUCGUCUUGUGCCUGCCCUUGCCAGGCCUGGUGCCGGCCCAGCCUUCAGCUGCCCGCUGCAGCCCCGGGGGCUGCGUGGCCCUGUUUCCCCAGCCCCGGCCCUUCCUGGAGGCCUGGCGCAGCUGUCGGGACCGUGGCGGGGACCUGGCCACCCUCAAACACCCUGAAGAGGCGGCCGAUGUGGCCCAGCUGCUAGAUGAGGCACCGCGCCCAUCGCCGGGACCCCGGCGCUACUGGAUUGGGCUCCAGCGCCAGCCCCGGCAGUGCCAGCCCCGGCGCCCGCUGCGCGGAUACACCUGGACCACAGGAGAGCAGGACACGGCCUACACCAACUGGGCCCGGGAGGAGGCGCCAGCCAGCUGCAGUCUGGCGCGCUGCGUGGCCCUGAGCCACAUCGCUGGUGCCCACCAGCCACCGGCCUGGCUGGACGGAGCCUGCACGGCACCCGCCGAUGGCUACGUGUGCCGCUUUGCCCACACUCGCGCCUGCCCCAGCCUGGGCGCCGCCAGCUACGCCACGCCCUUCGGCACCGUGCCGGGCCCGCUCAGCCACGUGCCCUUUGGUACGGUGGCAGCCAUGAGCUGUGGGGCCGGCACGCCCGCCUCGGCCCUGUGCCGCUACCGCGAGGACGGCACUGUGGGCUGGAGUCCACCAGGGCCCCCGUGCGAGGAGGAAGCAGCAUCACACGAGGGCUGGUGCGAGGGUGAUAAUGGCGGCUGCCAGGAGCUGUGUGGCGGCACCGGGGGCCCCGCCCCCCCCGGCCCCUGCCACAGCGGCAGGGCCCUGCUGGCAGACGGGCGGUCCUGUGGGCCGGCACCACCCUGCCGUGAGCACCCCUGCGAGUAUGCCUGUGCAUCUGAGGGCACUGGUUACCGCUGCCUAUGCCCUGCUGGGCACCGUCUGGCACGUGAUGGGCACUCGUGUGAGGACGUGGAUGAGUGUGCUGAGGCAGGCGGGGCCCCAUGUGAGCAGCUGUGCGAGAAUGCGCCAGGCGGGUACCGGUGCCGCUGCCGUCUGGGCUACGCAGGCGAUGGGGCAGGGGGCUGCGGCGACGUGGAUGAGUGUGAGUUGCCCGGCGUCUGCCACCAGAUGUGUGUCAACUACGAGGGUGGCUUCGAGUGCUUCUGCGCUGAGGGCUAUGAGCUGCAGGCCGAUGGUGUUAGCUGUGCCCCACUUGGUGCUGCCCCAGGGCCUCCCUUCGCCUGGCCCCGGCCCCCAGAAGAGGAGGAAGAGGAGGAGGAGGAGGAGGAGGAGGAGGAAGACCUGGCCUACAGCUGGACCCCCGGUGGGACACCCCAGGCCCGGCCUGGCACAGCUAGAGCCCCCCGAGCACCUCCCACCCCACCCGCAGCUGCCUGGGUUCCCCUGCUCAGGUCUCCUUACCCCCAUGGUACUGGGGACACCUGGAUUCCCCAUGGAGUUGAGGAUGCUUGGGUGCCCCCCGGCCAGCCACACCUUGCUGAGGAUAUCUGGGUUCCCCCCGGCCGGCCCCAGAGAGCAGAGGACACCUGGGUUCCCCCCAGCCGGCCCCACGGAGCUGAGGGUGCCUGGGUUCUCCCUGUCGAGCCCCAUGGAGCCGAGGACUCCUGGGUUCCCCUCAGCCAGGCCCACGGAGCCGAGGACUCCUGGGUUUUCCCCAGUGACUCCCCCCAAGCCCAGUCCCCGCUACUCCCCAACCCUGCCCACAGAGCCAGGGACACCUGGGUUCUCCCUGCCCAGCCCCCCACCCCACACGGGGUCUGGGGGGCCUGGCUUCCCCUCACCAGGCCCCCCACAUCCCACAGAACCAGGGAUGCCUGGGUUCUCCCUGCCCAGUCCCACCCCUCUCAGGACACCUGGGUUCCAGUGAUCAGAUCUCCAGAACCCCAGGGCGUCGAGGACACCUGGGUCCCCCUCACCCCCAGGCCCAGAAUACAGACCCCCUCACUCCCUGACCCCCCACACAGGGCCAGGGACACCUGGGUUCUCCCUGCCCGUCCCCCCAGGGGUUAA